AUGGGUCUUCCAAGUUCGUUGGCGCAACCUUGGCACGAUGGCGAGCGGAUUCUCCAGCGCAAGCAGGGAACCGUUCACACCUCGGAUGAAAUGGGGCCUCAUAUCUAUCACAAGGUCAUUCCUAGUUCCUACCGGGAUAUGGUCGGUCCACAACCUCAGUUCAUGGCCAGCUUCUUCGACCCCGAGACCAAGGCCUUGUGGGCCUCAGUGAUCUUCGCCGCACCGGGCUUCGCGGAUUGCGAAACCUCGGAGGGGACGCACAUCAAGGUGAAGGCUGCGCUGGAUCCCCGCGAUGGCGCCGCAGUCGAUGGCCUGGUGAGACCUGGGAUUUGGGUGGGCGCCGUGAGCAUCGACUUCAUGACAAGACGGAGGAAUCGCUUCAACGGGGUCAUAGAGAAGGUGGAUAAGAAUGGCCACUUCUUGAUCAAGAUUACCCAGGCCUUUGGGAACUGUCCCAAGUACAUUACUCGACGGCAAAUCCAGAGGAUGGGCCAGAACCUGGAGUUCUCUGCCUCAGCUGAAGCCGAGGUCUCCUCCUCCAUCGGCGCCAAAGCAUCAUCCGUCAUCUGUCGUGCAGACAUGAUGUACUUCGGGACUGGCAGCGAACAUGGUGCAGACAUGAAUAUUCGAGGUGGAAGUCCAGGAUUUGUGCGGGUCUUGAACGAGAAACUGAUUUGUUGGCCAGAUUACAUGGGCAAUGGUUUCUACAUGAGCCUGGGCAAUGUGCAGCUUCAAAAGUUGGGUUCCUUGGUCUUCGUGGACUGGGACGACCACGGCCACGGAGUGCAAGUGCUGGGCAGCGUGCGGACCGUGGAGCGCUCGGAGAUCGACGCGGCCUCAGAGUUGGCGGAAGUCGUGGCGCAAGAGCCCCAAGCUUUGCGAUUGGUGGUCCUUGAAGUGGAAACGGUGCGCUUCAUCCCUCGCUACUCACCCCACCUCUACCAGACGGUGGAAUUGAGCCCCUACAACCCUCGGCCAGCGACCGCGGGGGCGCCGGAAUUCUUGGCCGUGCUCCAGUGGGUCAAAGAAGAAUCUAAGGACGUGAAGACCUUUGAGUUCCAGUUAGCUCCUUUGCCUCGUCCGGGUUCUUUGGAGCUCAAGCCCGGGCAACACGUCCGGCUGGCGCUGCCGGCGCUGAAAGCGGAGAAGGAGAGCCUUCCGGAGAGGACCUGGACAGUGACCUCCACGCCAGGUUGGUUUGCGGAUCAUGGCCGCUUUCAGAUCUCGGUGAAGCAUAAGCCUGGAGGUUUGGCAUCAAGCUUCCUCCACGAGCUGAACCCCAAGGAUGCCGAGCACGCCCGGUUGCACUUCCUGGGCUUUGCCGGGGAGUUCGGCCCCCAGCUGGACGCCAGCGGGCAGCUUCGUCGCAGGGCGCCCACGAACGUGGUCUUCCUGACCGCAGGAAUUGGCUCCACUCCUGCAGUGGCAGCGAUGAAGGCCAUGGCAGAAACCACACCAUGGCCUUUGACCUUGAGCAUUUUCCACUCGGUGCGCCAGUUGAACGAGGCAGCAUUCCUCGAGUUCUUCAUCUCUGCUGUACGGAUCUUGACUGACCUCGGCAUCACCACCCGUAUGGUCUUGUCCCUCACGGGCCCCGAUGCAGCGCGUGAGAGCAAGGAGUUCAAUGCCUGGCUUCAAGCUGCAGGCCAUGCAGGGCUGCGUGCAGAAGCAGGGCGCUUGUCGAUUGAGGCACUGAAGGAUCUUUCGACCUUGCAAAAGGAUGAGACGGAAGGCUUCCUCUGUGGGCCAAGCAGCUUCGAGGCGGCCGCCAGCGAGAUUUGGACUGCCGCUGGCUUCCAUGCCAGGGCUCUCCACACUGAGAGCUUUGCAUAUUAA